UCGCACUGCAGUUCCCGCGGGGUAUAAAAACCGUAUCCUACUCUCCUCAAGACAUCGCUGGAAGAAAAGGAGGGAGAGAAGGCUUCGCUUUUUCGAGCUCCAUUUCAAGCUUGAUCUGUAGGAAUUCACCACCAUAGGACGUGGUUUCAGGUUCGUGUCGAAGAGCUACAUAUAUUCCAUCCACCACUUCCGCUCUGGUGUCAUCCGCAGCACCAUCCUGGGUGGCUGGUGGCCGUGCUCAAUCUUCAUUCGCUUCUGGCAUCUCUUUUGAAGGAGAAUGACAGAUCCAGGUGCCCGUAGAUUCCACAUUGAAUUCAUCAUUUGGGAACUCAUCUAAUUCUGGAACUGAGUGGUUGGGUCUAGAGCCCGCUUCCGGGGAUAUGAACCAGGUAUCGAAUAGUGUGGCAAACUCGGGGCCCAGUGUGGGGGCAAGUUCGUUGGUCACGGAUGCCAACUCCUCACUUUCUGGUGGACCCCAUUUGCAGAGAAGUGCUAGCAUUAGUAUAGACUCAUACUUGAGGGUGCCGGCAUCACCCAUGUCUUUCUCGUCGAAUAACCUAAGCAUGGAUGGUUCCUGUAUAAUUCAGCAGAGCUCCCAUCAAGACCAGAAUCCACAGAGGCAGCAGCAACAGGGGGCGGCUUCAACGGCUACAUCACAUCCGACAUUGCAAACAGGCCCACAAGUUCCUGUCUCCUUAAACCAGGAGCCGAUGCAGAAAAAACCCAGAUUGGAUAUCAGACAGGAAGACAUUUUGCAGCAGCAGCUUAUUCAACAACUGCUGCAGAGACAGGAUUCCAUCCAACUACAAGGGCAAAAUCCCCAGCUACAAGUCUUAAUUCAGCAGCAGAGGCUCUUGCAGCAGCGACAUCAGCAGCAGCAGAUAUUGCAAUCUAUCCCACAGAUGCAGCAGGCACACUUGCAGCAGCAGCAACAACAGCAGCAGGAGUUGAGGCAGCAAAUGCAACAUGGGGUGCAGCCGAUAUCUGGUAUGAAGCGACCGUAUGACAGUGGCAUAUGUGCUCGUCGGCUUAUGCAGUACAUAUAUCAUCUGCGUCAUCGUCCUCCUGACAAUAAUAUUCUCUACUGGAGAAAAUUUGUGGCAGAGUAUUUUGCACCUUGUGCUAGGAAAAGGUGUUGCCUGUCAUUAUACAAUAAUGCUGCCCACCAUUCCCUUGCAGUGUUUGCUCAGGCAGCUCUGGAUGCAUUCCAUUGUCAUAUUUGUUGUUCUAAGUCAGGAAGGGGAUUUGAAACAACCUUCGAAGUGCUCCCUAGGCUUAGUAAAAUUGAAUUCGAUAGUGGGGUUAUUGACGAACUUUUGUUUGUCGACUUACCACAAGAAGUGAGAUUCCCUUCAGGAAUUAUGAUGUUGGAGUAUGGAAAAGCUAUUCAAGAGAGUGUUUAUGACCAGCUUCGUGUUGUUCGUGAGGGUAAUCUCCGUAUAAUAUUUGCUCCUGAUUUAAAGAUACUUUCUUGGGAAUUUUGUAUAAGGCGCCAUGAAGAGCUUUUGCCUCGUAGGUUGGUAGCACCACAGGUGAACCAAUUGCUACUGGCUGCACAAAAAUACCAAAGUGCUGUAAGUGAAAGUGGGUCUACUGGAAUUUCGCCUCAGGAUUUACAAACAAACUGCAACAUGUUUGCAACAGCAGGACGGCAGCUUGCAAAGAGUUUGGAUUCACAAUCAUUGAAUGACUUGGGAUUUUCCAAAAGAUAUGUUCGGUGCUUGCAGAUAUCGGAGGUUGUAAAUAGCAUGAAAGACUUGAUAGAUUUCAGCCGGCAGCACAAGAUGGGACCCAUUGAGAGUUUGAAGAACUACCCCCGACCGGCUGCAGCAGCAAAGCUUCACAGAAUGCAGGAAGGGGAGCCCUUGGCCAAUGCUCAGGGUCUCCCAAAUGACCAGAACACGCUAAAUAAAAUAGUGGCAAUGAGCUCUGGUCUGAGCACCCAUACGAAUAAUAGUCACUCAGGCAGUGGAACCCUGAAACACAAAGCCACAGCAGCUGUGGCAUUUAGCAAUUACCAGAAAUUGCUGAGGCAGAACUCGAAUUCAAACCAGAAUUCCCCUCAGCAGGAUUCAUCUUGUUGCUUUAAUGGUUCAAGCCAGCCUGCUUUGCCAUUUCAAAGUCAUGUUUCUUCGAUCACGGGGCCUCUGCCAAACACACCUGGUAAUGGCCCAUUGAGCCCUCAUCUGCAGCCGUCUUUUCACACUAAUCAACAUUUAAGGCAGCAUGUGAUUCAGCAAAUGCUGCAGGAGAUGAUGAAUACCAACGGAGGCAUACAACAGCUACCUCAAAGUAUGACUGCAAAUGGGAAUGCAGUGGAGGGCGUCUUCAGUGGGAGUAACGGAUCAGGAAGUGUGCCUGGCAUGGGUAUGGUGAGAUAUGAAAUUAACACAGCAAAUGCAUCAAAUGGUGCACCGUCAAUGAUCCCAACUAGCAGGAGCAACAGCUUUAAGAAUGCUGCCAACUCUUCAGUUGCUGCGGGUGCCAGUGUUUUUAAUUUAAGACCGGAUUUGCCUCAGAAUAUCUAUGUAGGGGAACUGGUUGAAGACUUCCUAUGUGAAUCAACAGAAAACGUGUUCAACAGUGAGGCUGUGAGCAAUCUAGGUUGUAUCUGGAAGUCAUGAUUGUUACUGCCCAUCUACCAUUACUGGGAAAGUACUAACGCAUUUUUUGUACAUAAGCUUUGAAACUUCAGUAAUGGUUGUUUUGUCAUUGCAUUUCAGCAAUCCCAACACUAGUCGGUGUUGGCAGUUUUGCAGCUUUGCCAUUUAUAUCUUAUAUCAUAGCAAAAACGGCAAAUUUUGAUUUU